GCCGCCGCCGCCGAACGUUGCCGAGCGGGGGUCGCGCGAGUCCGGCGGCCUGGCCGGCGUUUCCGGAGAUUGCCGAGGGGCCCCGGCCCCUCCCCAGCGACCGCCGAGCCCGUGACCGAGGCGCUCCGGUGGGUCAGAGCCCGUCGCGCCCGCUGCUCUGGUCGCGGCGUGGAUCUCGCCCUCCUCCUCCUCCUCCUUCUCUGUCUCCGGCAGCGCCGGGCGCCGCGGUGACAGAGCGGGGCGAUCGCGGCGGGGGGCGGCCGGGGCUCCGGCGGCGCGGAUGGCGGAGGGCGGCCAGCCCCCGCAGCAGCAGCAGCCACAGCCGCAGCUCCUGGCCGGCGGCGGCGGCGGGGCCGCCCGCGGCGUGAAGCGGGAGCCGGAGCUGGAGCAGCCCAUGCCCGGUGGGGACGGCGCCGAGGGCGGCCACAGCAAGAGGCUGCGGACGGAGGCGGAGGCCGACGGCGGCGGCAUGCAGAACGAGCCUCUGACUUCAGGUUAUCAUGGAUACCCAGCAAGAGACAAUCAAGGUAACCAGGAGCCAGCAGCAACUCCUGAUGCAAUGGUGCAGCCAUUUACCACAAUCCCAUUUCCGCCACCCCCACAGAACGGGAUUCCCACAGAGUAUGGGGUGCCACACACUCAGGACUAUGCAGGCCAGACCAGCGAGCACAAUCUGACGCUCUACGGAAGCACGCAGCCGCAUGGAGAGCAGAGCACGAACACGGCCAGCACGCAGAACGGAUCUCUUGCACAGACAGAAGGAGGGGCACAGACAGAUGGACAGCAAUCACAAACACAGAACAGCGAGAGUACUGAGAGCAAAUCCACUCCAAAACGACUUCAUGUGUCUAACAUUCCCUUCCGCUUUCGAGAUCCUGACCUUCGGCAGAUGUUUGGGCAAUUCGGCAAAAUCCUUGAUGUAGAGAUAAUCUUUAAUGAGCGUGGCUCGAAGGGAUUCGGGUUCGUAACUUUCGAGAAUAGUGCUGAUGCAGACAGGGCCAGGGAGAAAUUACACGGCACCGUGGUAGAGGGCCGUAAAAUCGAGGUCAACAACGCCACGGCGCGAGUGAUGACCAAUAAGAAGAUGGUCACACCUUACGCAAAUGGUUGGAAGUUGAGUCCUGUGGUUGGAGCGGUGUACGGCCCUGAGUUAUAUGCAGCAUCCAGCUUUCAAGCAGAUGUCUCGCUGGGCAAUGACGCCGCAGUGCCCCUGUCAGGAAGGGGGGGUAUUAACACUUACAUUCCUUUAAUCAUUCCAGGCUUCCCCUAUCCAACUGCAGCCACCACAGCAGCCGCGUUUCGGGGAGCCCACCUGAGGGGCCGAGGAAGGACAGUGUACGGGGCAGUCCGGGCGGUACCUCCCACAGCCAUCCCCGCGUACCCAGGUGUGGUUUACCAGGACGGAUUUUACGGUGCUGACCUCUAUGGUGGAUACGCAGCCUACAGAUAUGCACAGCCUGCUACUGCAACAGCAGCCACAGCCGCUGCAGCCGCUGCAGCAGCUUACAGCGAUGGUUACGGCAGGGUGUACACAGCAGAUCCUUACCAUGCCCUUGCCCCUGCCGCUAGCUACGGAGUUGGCGCUGUGGCGAGUUUAUACCGAGGUGGAUACAGCCGAUUUGCCCCCUACUGAAGUGACGUGAGCCCCCUGCAAGUGGGACAGCCCCCCCAGUUCAUGAGGCCUGGCUAUUGCAAUAUUUACUAGUAGAGGAACUCUAUAGCAAGACGAGGAGGAGAAAAAAAACAACAACAAAAAGAAAACCAACAAAAAAAAGAAAAAACAAAAGAGAAAAUACUUUUUUAUACCUCACUAUGUUCUUUGAAUAUGUUUUUUUUUUUCCUUUAAAUUUCUGCCUUUAAUUCUUUUGUUCCAAAGAUUGUGCAUUUGCUUUGGUUUUUUUUUUCAUUUGUUUGUUUUUUGGGUUUGUUUUUUUUUUUUUAAACUGUGGUAAAAAUGAUGCAUUUCCGUGUCUGUAUGUUGGUGCAUAGCUUAAUCCUACCAAUCACGGAAAAGGCUAAGAUUAGCGAUAAGGAAAGCUGUUAGGAACCGAUAUCACGCAAUUAAUCAGGAACACGCAGAGAGGGUUAUUUUCCCUGGGUCUGGUGCUUGGUGCCUGCGAGGCAGGAGGACGUGAGGGAGAAGCCUCCGCCUGCCGUGUUAGCGGUCUUGCAGAAGGAAGCGCUCUCUGGCUGUGGCUGGGACCUAAGUGCUGGCGGAAAAUAGUCAUUUGCACGUGGAAACGGGGGCGAAACGCAGAGAGUUUCCUCGUUCUUGUCACCACGUGACGCGCACAGGUUUCAGCAGUGUCAGGUUUUUAGACUUGGCAAGAGAAGAUUUCCUCAACCUGCCCAAAGACUUUGGAUGUUUUCUGCUGUACAGGGGACGAGACUUUGAAAGGCGUUUUUGAUGAGGAUGGUCUUUCCCACACACACACACGACUUAAUCUAGCUGAUUGUUGUCCGUUGGUGGUGGCUGUAACUAUCUUAGUUUUCCUUCCUCCUUUUCGAGAUUUUUCUCCCUUGCUGUCCUUUUCCUCCCCUUCUUGCCUCGAGGAGUGGCGGGUGCCAUGCAGCGUCACACAGAGUACCUCUGUUGCGGACAGCAAGUGGUUAAACUUGUGGAGGUGAAGCUCACGCAGCCUUGCAGAGGAAGAAAGCCAGCAGAAGAGCUGAGCAUCAGUACUGGUCCAGCCUCCAAGGUUUCUCCUCCCCUUCAUCCCCAGCUGCGUACACGCUUCCGCAAGUAAUCUCUUUCAAAUAACACGAGUGAGGAAAAAAACAAGUUGUGGAUAAGCUGCUGGAGGCGAGGGGCAAGCGCGCGCGCGUGCGUUUGUGAGGGGGAAGAGGGUCUCGUAUCUCAACGUGAUCCCGAAGUAGUUUUGUUUCUGUCAGGAGUUUUAAGAGGAGGCAGAAGCAGUUUGUGCAAGCUCUGAAUUCAUAGGAACUUCCUUCCCACCACAAGCUAUUUCAGGCCCUUAGGUAGUUGCGUUGGAGCCCCUGGGUCUGUUUUGCCCCGCCUCACGUAGGAAGGUCUGCUGAGUCCAUAUAGACACUACAUAUUAGAAGAUUUGGAAGCUGAGAGACUAUUUAGGAGAGGGCUCCGUGGCUCCCAAGACUGUCUCCCUUCUGCUGUCACGUACAGUGAUUUUGCUGUUUUGAAGCCAGCGUUUUUAGAUGACUGGGUGAGCCUUGGGAGUGGCUGCUCCCCAAACCUCCCUGCUCACCUGCUGGCUCCUAGGCUGCUCCCAGUAGCCCCCAUGAGCAGAGGCAGGGUCUCUGAAAAGGUGUCAGAGAAAGGCAGAAGCACGGUUUUAUUGAGCUGCCUCAGCUGUGUCUCUGGCUACUGGGGUGAGCUCACUGCCCUCAGAAGGGCUGCUUGGCAUGUGGGUCUGUUGGCGGAGCCUCUCCGACUCCUCUCAUAUGCCUGCUGCUCCAUCCACACCGCUGAUACCAGCAUAGGAAACCUCCUGCAUCUAACACUAAGUGAUGUGUCAACAAGCAGAGCCUCCCCCGGGGAGGUAUCCUGGCCCAGCCACGCACAACCACGCUUGUUUUCUUUGGUUUCCAUCUCUUCCCCAGGGACACUCUCCGUGGGCAGCACAGGGGAGGCACCUCAAGUGGGAAGAAUGGGGAUGCCGUUAGUUAAGCUAGAGACCCCGAAGCUAUUGAUUCUCUGGAGGAAUAGCUAGAUAAAGGGGACACCAAACUGCCAGCCUGUUGGCCUCUUGUGUUUUUUUCUCUUCUGGUUUUAUUGUUGGGUUUUAACUUCUUUGUUUUUCUUUUUUUUCCCCAAGCCAAAGUUUGGUUUGUUGCUGUUAUGACAAUUUUUUUGUUGUUUGUAUAUAAAUAUUUUAGUUAGCUUGAAAAUGGGGAGGGGGGAACAGGGUGUUGGGGCUUUCACAAAAUCUAGGAAAUGAGGGGGACUCGGGGUGUUUUCAGGGGCUUUUUACUGCCUAAGCUGGGGCAGGGGAGGGAGGACUUGUGGUAGAAAUAGUCCUAUUCAAGAGGAGCCAUUUGCACCGCAGGGCAGCCAGGAGAUUCCUGGAGCUGAGAUGCAGCAAAAGCCUCUACUGGACUUGUUCUACCCACCUGUGGGCAGAGGGGCUGAGCAAGGCCAUCCCUUCCCUCAUUCACAGGCAGUUCCUCGUGCAGGGUCUGCAGGCUGCGAGGGGGAGGAGCGCAGGUUGCCGAGCCUGGCAGGGGCGGCUGCUCACCCCUCUGACCCUUUCCUACGUUUCAGUUCAGCUGGUUCUGACUGCAGCUCCUGAAAAGCUGGGUUCUCCCUCCCUGAGUGCCCCCCACCCUGCCCCGGCAGUGCCACUUUCAGUCCCCACUCCAGCCGCUUGGCCUCUCUGGGAGUAGGGAGGCUGACCCCAUUUCUGCCUCCGAGCAGAGUCUAUGCAUGGCAGCUUCUGCCCGCCCAGAGUGUAUUUAGGAGUGUGAGGGUUCUAGUGCAGAAGCACCCAAUCUAUGUGGGGCAGUGGUCCCCUUGCUCUGUGAUCUCUGAUCUGUUGUAGACCAUGCAGCCUGCCUCCUCCUGUGUCCCAGCCGGGCCUGCUCCGGUCACUCCCUGCCAGGCUCCUCCCCGAACCGCUAGUUAAUGGCGCAGGAUCCCCUCUGAGGCAGCUCACUGGUGCCCGGCUCCUUGCCCUCAGCAGUGGGCUGCUUACACGGCUCGGGGACGGAGGUGACUCGCUGGUUCCAGGUCCCCAGAGCACCAGACCUCCCAAAAACUUGCACGCCAGCCAGAAUCUUGUAACUGGGUUUCUCGAGAGAGUGUUGUGCUGUGGCGGGAGGGCUUUUCAGCCUUUCCCUCCCUCUGGACAAACAACAGCUCUGGUUUCACUCAGAUGUGUUACGAUCUGGCUUGAGAUGAGUUCAGAGUAGCCGAGCCGUGGUUGUAUCCAUCUUCUGAAGAAGUAGAGGACAAAGCCUAUAUCUCCCUAUGCAAAAUGAAUUGCGCUCAAUUCAUUAAACUGGGCCCUGGCUUAUUUGACUGAUGGCAGCUAGUGCCGGUCCCCAGGAUGGGCCUGCAGCCCCAGGUCCCUCGCGAAGCAGGGCUUGGCGUUCCGAGGGAAAGCGCCCAGGCAGCCUGGCAGGUGGCUUGCUGUUUGUCACCUUCUCGUCCGGUGGCGUCCGGGAUUCCUCUCCAUGGAGAGGAGAAGACGUUUCUUUUAAGUGUUGCUGUUUGUACUGUCUUGCAGUAGGUCUGGCCAGCGCGUGAUAUUAUUAUACUGGUAGAAUUUUGGAUUGGAGAGCUGAUUUACUUAACGUGCUGGUCUGUCUUUCCUUGUGGGUGCAGUUGUGCUGGUGCAAAGACGACUUUUACCGCUAACAGUGUAAUCUCUACCAGGAAUAAGUUACAUUGAUGCCCAGCACGUUAGCAAACUCUUGUCACUGUCGUGUCCCGUCCCCCCCCGCCCCCGCCCCGUGCUAGGGAGGCUGCACUGUUGUAGGUGGGUUUAGCUUUUCUAAGAAAAGCCAUGACGGGACCUGGAGGCAACGAGGAGCUCGGUCUGAGCCUGCUAUAGCCAGGUUAAGCAGUGACUUGGAUCGUGUGUCGUGAGUUCAGAUAGACAAAGCCAUGUUUCCAAAUAGCCGUGACGUGGCUGUUCAGUGCCCGAGGCAGAGCAGGCUUGCCCAGCGAGAGAAAGCGCUAGCUCAGGAGUCCAAGGCCUGUGUUUUGGGCAAAGCUCUCUCAGUCAUCCUCAAGGGUCGUCGUGGAGCAGUUGUGUCACUACUCUAGACUUCUCUUCCCCGUCCCUAAAGUGAAAUGUGGAAGUUUAUCCCCUCUUUUCACCCGUUUUUUGAGAUCUGUGGAUGUGAAGUGCACAGCGAGAGCUGAGGAGGGUUAUCUAAAUAGCUGGCUCAAGUACUAAUGGUGAAACGGUUAAUGAAACCAUUUCCUGGCCCAAAAAGAGAUGAUGGCUGAUGAGGUUUCAAGCACCCAGAGCUUUGUCAGGGCAGGGAAUGCAGAGCAGAACCUCCCAGUUCUUACCCUUGUUUUUCCCCAGCCCACCCCUGUAUCUUCCCAUCCUGGCCCCCAAGGAGGAGGCAAGUGGAGAACAGGUUUGGGGAGCACUGAGGAAUUCAAUAAAGGGAAACCCAACCAACAGCUCUGGGGAGCGCUUUUGCUGAGUCGAGCUCCAAAGGGAAAGCACCAGGGCAGUGUGGCAGACGGCCAGUGCCCGUCACCCUCCAGCCUGGCAAGGUCAGGGGGAUGCUGUCCUCGGUGCAGAAGGGUCAGUUUUUAAGUGUGUUACCUGUUUGCACUGUUUUAAAAUAGGAGGGGGGAGGGGUAAAAAUAAAACCAAACCCAAACUAGUGAACGAGAUGGACAUCCAAUGUAAACUUCUUUGUGUUUUUAUUUUGUCAUGCUCUUGGAAAAUGUCAAACAUUUUGUAGUAUACACCAGUGAGACUUGAUUCUUUGUUGCAUAAAACACUAUUUUUGGUGAUGUUAAUGUCUGAAAAGUCCCUUCCCUCCAUCCCCACCGUACUGAUUGCCCUCUCUGCCCUCCAACCCCGGUCAACUUCUCUUCUAAAAUGAAAACUCCAGUCAAAAAGGCAAGCAGGAGUCUUGAGACAGUCAGUGUGAAAUGGGGCCCUUUUCAAGCAGGCUCUGGGGUUUCUCUCCUGUAUACUUUACUCUAGCCAGGAGUCAGCAGGACAGCCCCCAUCCCUCUGCAGCACGUGCAGCCCAAAGGGGACUUGGGAUGUCCGAAUCUUGUCCCUGAUACCACUGCUAACCCUGGAAGGCAACUUCUUGAGGGUAGUCAAAAGCACUGCCAGCGGUUGUCCUCGGCUGGUCCAGGCUCGUGCAGGAAAUGAGCUGCCCACACUGCCUCUCGACUCUUGCUGGAGCAAGAACGCAUCAGCCACACUCUUGCCUGAUUUUGCCAGGAGGUUGCUGGUGUCUAAAGCCGUCCACCCCAGUAUGAGUUUGCAUGGCAGCAAAAAAUGCCAGAUCACCUUAGGAAUGGUUUUUCUCUUUUUAUUCUCCUUCUUUAUUUUUGGUUGUUUUUUUCCCCUCCCUCUGUUCUGAAGUGGGUCAAUAAAUCUCCUGCCAGAUUCCCAGUUCUCUCCUGGUGGAGGGGCUGGUUGCUUCCCCGAGGAGUGGAUAUUCCUCACCGAAGCCGGGCCCCCCACAUCAGUGGGUCUCAGUUUUGGGUCAUGGUUUUCCUUGUGUUCUUUUUCUGUUCACGGUAUUUUGUGUGUGCGCAUGUUGUAGUUUUGGCAGCUUGGUUUGGCUGCGUUACCAAGUGAUGAAAUAAUCCUCUUUUACCCCAGGGAAUGUGAUUUCUUUUUGGGGUUUUUUUCCUUGUUUUGGUGUUUUUUUCCCUUGGUUUCCUUUUUUUUUUUUGUUUUGUUUUUUUAAUACGAUAAAUCCCGCUUGUAAAUAGCUGGAGCUAAAACCUGGGGCUGACAGCAAAUGAGAGACCAGGGCUGCAGAGCGAUACGGAGCUGGUGGAGUAUUUUACUGACCUCACAGGCUGACCUACUUGAGACUUGGGAGAUUUUCAGUGCGAGGCUGAGAUGCCGCAGCACCUCCAACGGCAGCGACGGACUCGCCCCUUCUUCACGCGAUCUCCCCAGCACCUCCCAUUGCCAGGUACCGCCGGGGAGCGGGACGUGACCCCAGUGGGAUGCGUUCCCUUCCCCUGGAUCAUUUCCUAGGACGCCCGAGCCGCUUGCCCAGGGUCCCAUUUCCCUGCUGACUCUGGAGAAGCAGUAUCUGCAUCCCAGGGCUUUGUGACAGCCUCUUAACUUCCCGCCCUCCCUCGUUAAGUAUCAUAUUGUAUAGUAGCUUUCAGACCAUACAGUAUUCAUUGGGUUAUUCCUAUUAUUAUCAAGUAGCUGGAAUUGUGAAGGUCGGAGUAGUUAGAUCUUUAGCUUUUAUUCCUUUUUUUUGUAUUACUAUCCAUGUGUAUAAAUUAUUGAUCAUGUUGCUGGCUUUUAUAAACUCUAAGCAAGGGGGGAAACCCUUCCUAACCCUUUGCAAAUGGUAAUGAAGCACUGUUUUUAAAUAAAAGAGAGAAACACCA